CAUUCUGCUCUCGCCACCUUUGAACGAUAGCCUUUCUCACUCCGACACUUGAAACACGUUCAUCAGGAGCUCGUCCUCAGGCUUGCUAGUAGCUUAUAUUACCUACCUAGCUAGCUAGCUAGUCAAGACUCAAGAUCCAUCCAUGCCUGCAAACAUGAUCUCCAAGAUCCUUGAGAAGUCGUCUGUCCUUCCGCUGGUGGACGAUGUUAUUGCACCCAUCCAUGUGAAGACCGCUGGAGGAGCUCCUCGGACCAGUGUGCUGCGCAAUCCGAACAUGGAGAAGCUUCAGAAGGGCUACCUGUUCCCGGAGAUUAGCAUCAAGCGUGAAGCUCACCUGAAGAAGUACCCUGAUGCCAAGGUCAUCAGCCUGGGCAUCGGCGACACAACCGAACCCAUUCCAAGCGUCGUAACGUCAGCUAUGGCCGAGUAUGUACUUGCGUUAUCCACUCCAGAAGGGUACCAGGGUUAUGGGCCGGAGCAGGGGCAAAUGAAUCUGCGCAAGGUCAUAGCUGAGGAAGUGUACCCAGACAUGGGGAUUCAAGAGUCCGAGGUGUUCAUCUCGGACGGAGCGCAGUGUGACAUCGCUCGCCUCCAGACGCUGUUCGGGCCCAACGUGACCAUAGCCGUCCAAGAUCCCACCUUCCCGGGCUACGUGGACAACGGCGUGAUCGUGGGGCAGACCGGCAGCGCGGACGAGGCCGGCAAGUACGCCGGCAUCGCGUACAUGCGGUGCGCGCCGGAGAACCACUUCUUCCCGGACCUCUCCCGCGUGCCGCGCACCGACGUCAUCUUCUUCUGCUCGCCCAACAACCCCACGGGGCACGCGGCGUCGGCGGCGCAGCUGCGCGAGCUGGUGGACUUCGCGCGCCGCAACGGCUCCAUCAUCGUGUUCGACACGGCGUACGCGUGGUACGUGUCGUCGUCGUCGGAGGCCGCUGGCGACGGGGACAAGACGAAGCCGCGGUCCAUCUACGAGGUGCCCGGCGCCCGGGAGGUGGCCAUCGAGAUCUCCUCCUUCUCCAAGUUCGCCGGCUUCACGGGCGUCCGCCUCGGCUGGGCGGUGGUGCCCGACGAGCUGCGCUACGCGGACGGCUCCCCCGUCGCGCGCGACUUCGACCGCAUCGUCUGCACCUGCUUCAACGGCGCCUCCAGCGUCGCGCAGGCCGGCGGCCUCGCCUGCCUCUCCACGGAGGAAGGCCGGGACGCCGUGCGCCGCGUCGUGGGCGUCUACAAGGAGAACGCGCGGGUGCUUGUGGACACCUUCGCGUCGCUCGGCAAGGAGGUGUACGGUGGCACCGACUCGCCCUACGUCUGGGUGCGCUUCCCGGGCCGCCGCUCCUGGGACGUGUUCGCCGAGAUACUCGACAAGACGCACGUCAUCACCGUGCCGGGCAGCGGCUUCGGCCCCGGCGGCGAGGGCUUCAUCCGUGUCAGCGCGUUCAACAGCAGGGACAGGGUGCUGGAGGCCGCAGCUAGGCUCAAGAAGUUCCUUCCUGGACUCAGCGCUGUUCCGCUCUAAGCUCCACGUACAGAUCCUGCACCUGCAUGGCUGAUGAUAUACCUGCCCCGUACUGAUAAUCUACAUCGAUAAUAACAUUGUGCCUCGUACUGAUAAUGUACAUUGGUACAUGGCUAAUAAUAACAUUGCCAUGCGCUGAGACGCAGCCAUAGUAUCGGAUCA